AUGUGGCAGGUGCAACGAGUGCAGACGCCGCUGCUGCCACGCACGCACCUGUCCGGGCGCCCCGCCAGCACCGCGGCGUCGCGGCUUCGGCCCCGCGCCCAGCAGCAGCAGCAGUCACCUGCCUCCUCCACAGCAGCGGCAGUUGCGGACAAGGUCCGCGCAGCCAACGGGGCUGGCCGGGGCGUGGUCGUCACGCAGCUCACCCCCACCAAGGCGCCGGUGGUGUUCAGGACAGGCGGCAGCACAGCCGGCACUUUUAACGGCGUUUCAAAUGCAGCAGGGGAGGAGCCGCAGCAUCAGCAGGCGCGCACGGGUCCCCUGGCGGUGCUGCGGCAGCUGUACCUUCCAGAGGGGUUCCCCGCCACCGUGACCAGCGAUUACCUGCCCUACCAGUUGGUGUCGGUUCCCACCCACAUCACCGGGUGGCUGAGUCACUCCCUGGCCACCUCCAGCCUCCUCAAGGCGGUCGGCAUCAGCGCGGGCCCCGUGGGCGUUGUGGCGGCAUCGGCAGCGAUCAAGUGGAUCGUCAAGGACGGUAUCGGCGCCGCGGGGCGCUUUGUUGUGGGGGGCCGCCUGGGGCGCGAGUUUGACGACGACCCGCGGCGGUGGAGGAUGGUGGCAGAGGCCAUCACAACAAUUGGCCUGGCCCUCGAGAUCUCCACCACGCUGUACCCCCAGAACUUCCUGCUGCUGGCGUCCACCGGGAACUUUACCAAGGCGGUGGCCAAGGGCAUGGGCAAGCCGGUGUUCAGGGUGGUGCAGACGCACUUUGCGGCCACGGGCAACGUUGGGGCGGUGGCGGCCAAGGAGGAGGUGUGGGAGGUGUCCGCCCAGCUCGCGGGCUACGCCGCCAGCGUGGCACUGCUGCAGUCGCUAGAGGGCACAGGGUCCUGGCAGCCGGUGGUGGGCCUGUGGGCGCUGGUGCAGGGUGUGCACGUGUUGUUUCGCUUCGCGGCCCUCAGCCAGCUGCGCUUCGCAACGCUCAACCAGAAGCGCGCCUGCGCGCUCGCCGCGGCCCACGUCGCCGCCGUCCGCGGCGGCAGCGGUGGGGACGGGCAUGGGGGCCUGUCAGCAAGCGUGGAUGCGGCGGCGGCGGUGGCGACCCCGGUGCUGCCUGGUGUCGAGGAGGUGAACGCGGCGGAGCCGAUGCUGACACCGGCCGGGUCAGUGCGGCCACGAAUGCGGCUGGGGGUCACCAUAGCGGAGGCCUGGGGGAGCGGCGAUGACAAGAAGCAGGGCUCGGGCGCCGCGGCUGUGGGGCAGGGCCCGGGGGCCUCAGAGCUGGCGGAGUGGGUGGGGCUGUACGAGGCAGAGCAGUACCUGCUGACGUGGCGCGACGGCGCGGCGUGGGUGGUGGUCAAGAGGGACGCGGCGCCGCCGGCGCUGCUGCAGGCGGUCUGGCAGGCGGCGUGGCUGGACGCGGCGACGAGCAGCAGCAAUGCAGCUGGCAACGGCGGCGGGAGCAGCGGCGCGGCUGAUUUUGGCCUGUUGAAAGAGAGCCUUGCGGCGGCCCGGCGGCACUACCCGGGGUUUUUGGCUGCGAUGGAGUCGGCGGGCUGGGACUUGACGGCGCCACCGGUGCUACAGAUGCAGCAGACGCGGGUGGUAGUGGAGAGCGAAUGA